CCACUCCGAUUCUCUCCUGUUUUCUUGACCUCUGCCUCUCAUCAGUCAUUGCCUUAUUUAGCAAAAACCGAAACCCUUCAUCAGUCUUUCAUCAGAGUUUCUCUCUGUAAGUGAUUUUGAGAGAGAGGGAGGGAGGGAUAGAUCAUGUCGAGCGAAAGGGGGAAGGACCUCGUUGAAGGGUCGUCGAGAUCUCCCGGUAGCGAUUCGCCAGCAACACCAAGCCGGUACGAGUCACAGAAAAGAAGAGAUUGGAAUGCCUUCAUUCAGUACCUGAAGAACCAAAGGCCCCCAGUUCCACUCUCACAGUGCAACUACACUCAUGUUCUUGAAUUCCUCCGCUAUCUCGAUCAGUUUGGCAAGACUAAAGUUCACAUCCAAGGAUGCAUGUUCUAUGGGCAGCCGGAGCCGCCGGCUCCGUGUACGUGCCCGCUCAAGCAAGCAUGGGGAAGCCUCGAUGCACUCAUCGGGAGGCUCCGAGCCGCCUACGAGGAGAACGGAGGGACCCCAGAAACAAACCCCUUCGCUAGUGGCGCCAUCCGAGUUUAUCUCCGAGAAGUGAGGGAUUGCCAAUCUAAGGCGAGGGGGAUUCCAUAUAAGAAGAAGAAGAAGGCAACGAAUCAAACCAAGGGGAGCGAGGAAUCGAGCUCUGGCGCCGUGCACUUCUCUUGAUAAGUGGAUGUCCCUGUGGAAUCGGUUCAUCUAGUGGAUGUUGCAGCAUUCGUUUUAAGGCAAUGCCGCUUCUAUUGCUGGCUGCUAGUACAAACUGAGAUUACCAGACCUAGAUGCUGCUCAAGGCUUGCUGCUAUAUUUGGAAUGCUGCUUCUUUUCUUUUCAGCUUGGGAAAACGUUUAACCCAUAUGUUCAAUCGCGAAAUGCAUUUUUUGCUUGUAACCUGUGAUAUGGGUGGUCGGAUUACCGCUUCUUCCUGUAGUGAAAGUUAAGAAUUUAUGUGAGUUUGUAUUGGUUCCAGGUCUCAGCUCUGGUUGUCAUCCAUAGAUCUUCCUCCAUAUGCAAGAAACACUUAGUUUCA